AAAUAAAAGAUUGUACAGCAUGUCAUUUUGCGAACCGCACUCCUUCAGUUAUCAUUAAUUGAGUGAUGGGGCCUUGUCAUUUCUAUCGGCCAAUCAGUGGGCUACUUGUAAUGUAGGCCUUGCGAUCCAGAGUUUCUCAUUCACUUGUUAUGAGGUAUGCUGUACAGUAGUUAACAUGCAAGUCUCGCUAGUACAGGGAAUCGCCGUGCUAUGUGUCGCCUUUUAUUGGUGGGAUUUUUCACUGGCAUCCAAACGCCAAGGGCAAAACAGAGAAGCAAGGUUAACGCUUAAACCAAAACACGGAGGCCAACUUAUGCUUUCCUCGGGCAGGAUCAAGCUCGGGGAAGUGUUUUUGUCGGGAAUCAACGGCCUGCGCGGAGAGAGGGGCGAAAAGGGAGCGAAAGGCGAGAAAGGCAGCCAGGGCGAAAAGGGUGAUAAAGGAGACAGCUGCUCGAGUAGUUGCAAAAACAUUUUUACAUCGUCUACAUCCGGAUCUUGCGAUGCUCGAACAGAAGGCGAACUAAGGUACGACAAAAAAUCUUCCCAUCUCUUCCUCUGCAGCCGGAAACAAUGGCAUCAACUGCAGACUGUCCUGCGGGGAGAGAUUAGCAACUCACCACCAAGAAAGUCCUGUCUCGAUAUAUUGUUCAAAGGUGAGGGUCAGGGUGAUGGUAUGUACUGGAUCAACCCAGCUGGUACAGACCCUGAGCGGAACGCAUUUCGUGCGUAUUGUGACAUGACAACUUCAGGAGGAGGUUGGACCCUUGUUGCCAAGGUCACCCAUGAUUACAGCUGGGUUUGUCCUGAUAGAGAUGGUGGUAUGUGCCGAGGAUCAAAGACGAACCCAUUGAAUGCCAACCUGUUCCAUGAUAUCCACCAAAGGGACACUGUGGACUUGUCAAUCAAAAGCAACAUCGAUGCUGGAGUCCAUCUGAACGACACGAUCAUCCGAAUGCUUUUCGUUUCUGGUCGUCAAUCUGUUCGGUUCACCUUUGUUGGUUCCGGAAAUGACUGGACGGCAACAGAAGAUGCCUACGCUGCAUUCAACCCAAGCAAAAAGAACAGGAUGUUUGUGGAUCAUGAAUGGGGUCAGUACACGCUUGACAACGUAGACUACACGUGGAAUAUCAUCAAGCACACUCGCAAGGACAAGACCUUUCGUGGCAAAAUUAUAUGUUGGGGAAACAAGGUGAAGCACUCAUACCGCUUCUAUGAUCAUGGCCUGCAUGUCGGCUCUCCUGCAUCCGCCCAUAAGCCCUGCCUGCUCGACAAUAAUGAAAACGAGGUUAUGCUCAAGAGCCACUAUGCCACCUUACAAGGCUCUCCACUAAAAGCCCGCUGGGAUAUGGCUCAGUUUGGGUUCCUUGGGGCACAGUUUGUUCAGGUGCCGAAUAAACGCAUUGCAAUAUGGGUACGAUGAGUUAGAAAGACUCAGAAGCUGAACAUUGCUAAUAACUGAGAAAUGUUAUUAUUAUUAUCAUUCACGUCUUUUCAAGACGCCCACACUUACUCAGGUUGGAAAAGAUGCGAGUUGAACUGAAAGUGUAUAAUGCAUAUCGUAAAAUGAGCCAAAAAAAACCCCAAAAGCGAGCGCUGUAUUUAGUUUACUGACAUGAUAGUGAGUUUCUCUAUUCUUCAUACACUUGGGAACCUAACCCUCACGAGUAGAGAAAAAUUAUUCAACCCCUUAGUGAAAAUAUGGAGAAAAGACAGUUUUAAGUGAUUUCUCAUUUAAUUUCCAAUGAUAUACAUGUAAACUCCUUAUAUCAUUCAACAUUACCCUGAAAAAAGAGCGAUGCGAAUGGCUAAUACGUGUGAUCGUGAUUUAACACCAAAUUCUCGACGCCACUUUGCAAAACAUGUGUGGAACCUAGAAGGAAGAAGUACAGAUCAGUUACAGGGUUAGAUUGCUUAAUGUUACUUCUGUCGAGAGAGUGCAUUUGAGCCAUCUCAUUAACAUCAUUUGGAAUCUGUCCUAGUGGGUCCUCUCGCUAUGAAACUGGAAAUGUACAGUUUUUAGUUUGUGAUGUUUGACUAACUAAACUUAGGCCGAGAAUAAGCCCAAGUGUAAGUUGUGCAAGUUAUAAAACGCAGAAUAUCCGAUGAGAUUCUGUAAAUUUAGCUACAAAGUAAAUUACUAAGAGGAAUUAGCUUUAUUUAUUACUCAUUAGCAUUUCUGGGUGGCUAAGAUAGUAAAAAUAAGGUGGUCGCCUGUUUGUCGCCACUGGAUCCUAUUUAGUCUGUUUUGGCAAGCUAAAAAAUGUUUAGUCCAUGUCGGCAUGUGCUCGAGUUAUUAAAUUUAUCUAUAGCCUUAGUUUUUUCCAAGUGAAUAGAAUCUGCCAAGCCAUUUAAUCCUUGAUCGUGUGCCGGCUUUAGCAGAUUUUCCCGGCUAAAGUAUUGUUAUAAGCGCAUUCAAUCCAUCGACACGUUUCUUCUCAGUUUUGAUGCAUUGAAAGAACCCGACAGAAACUCUAAACCGCUAAAUUUGAGGAAAUGGCGUGGAAAGCUAAGUAGCCUAAAGCCACAAAGAUCCUUUGGAAACAUGUUACAUUUAUUUUAAGUACUCUGUUUUGAUCAACAUGACACCUUAAACCGUAAGGAAUAUCAUGGCAGCUCGGGUCUCUCAAUGAGAAACAGCUUUUUUCAAUGUUGCCGUGGACGGUCUUUGACGAAGAUUGAUAAGGUAUCUCGGCGCAGUCAUAACAUCUUAAACGUCUUAAGGGUAUAAAGCAUAUUAAAUCUAUUAUCUUAA